UGCAGUGACGCUGCACUGACAGCACUACAUCGGAGAAAUGGAGCUAACUUUGCUGAAUUUACUUCAAUUUGUAGCGUUAGGAGCUCUUGUUGUAUUUAUUUUGGCCGUGAUCUUUGUCUACAUGACAACAGACCCAAAGCCCGACAUGAGGCGAUAUGACAGUGAGAAUUACUUCCUUGAUCCAACGGCUGAAAAUGACCAAAAACGCCCCUUUCCAAGUUUAAGAGAUGAAUCAUCUUUGGAUCUAUCGGUCAUUGUCCCGUCAUACAACGAGGAAUUAAGAUUGCCUGUGAUGUUAGAUGAAGCCAUUGACUUCUUAGAGAACAAACAGAGGGGAAAUGAGACAUUUACAUAUGAAGUCAUUGUAGUUGACGAUGGAAGCAAAGACUCCACAACCAAGGUCGCCCUGGAAUAUUCUAAGAAGUAUGGCACAGAGCGUGUACGGGUACUAACGCUGGCCAAGAACAGAGGCAAGGGUGGUGCCGUACGACUGGGCAUGCUCAGUGCACGGGGCAAGAGGGUACUCUUUGCUGAUGCAGACGGGGCCACCAAAUUUGCCGACCUUGAGAAGCUAGAGGAGAGCCUGCAAGAAAUCAACCCAAAGAAGGACAAUAUGGCCAUUGUUUGUGGGUCAAGAGCUCACUUGCAGGAGGAAUCGGUUGCAGAGCGUUCCCUUUUCCGCACCGUUCUGAUGUAUGGCUUCCAUUUCCUGGUAUGGUUUCUCUGCGUGCGCGGCGUGCGGGACACCCAGUGCGGCUUCAAGUUGAUGACCCGUGAAACCGCUGCCAGGUUAUUCACCAGCCUACAUGUCAAUAGAUGGGCAUUUGAUGUAGAGUUACUGUAUCUAGCUCAGGCACUGAAGAUACCUAUAACAGAGGUUGCUGUAAACUGGCAUGAAAUAGAUGGAUCAAAGAUGGUGCCCAUUUUCAGCUGGCUCCAGAUGGGCAAGGAUCUGUUACUGAUCAGGCUUAGAUACAUGCUGGGAGUGUGGCGCAUCAACGACAAAGUCAAGCUGCAGUAAUAAUAAGCUACGACAUCGGGUACAAUUGCAUAUUGCUGCUUAUGGGGCCGUGAAUGAUGAGUUGCACGAGUCCACUCCCAGAGGACUGCCCACAAGCACCAGUGUUGUAGACAACACCAGAAACAAGACCAGUCACAAGCUACAGGGUGAACGGUGACAAAAGAAAACUUUUGUGACAGUUGAUCUGAAUACCUUGCGAGUUGAAUUCAGACUGCAGGUCCUGUGUUGGUCUUCUGAUGGUCUUAAGAGGUCUUGAUGUAGUCUUGCCCCAAGACUGGUUAAAUUGUUUGGCCGGUGCACCGUGCAGGCGCACUCAGGUUACCAUGAAUGAUUGCGCACGCACACUGCCGAAAACUGCGCGCCAUGCAGUUGCGGUUUUUGGCAGUGUGCAUGGUAACUUGAGCGCGUGAGGUGUGCUCAGAAUUUUUCGGGUAGGCCUGCCAAGAUUUUCAAGACUGGUUUUGUAGCAGUUCGUCUCUUGUGAAUAUAGCGCCCUCUACUGCUACAGCUAUUUGGCUGUGCUUGCUGGCACAUGUCACAUGCACAAUUCUCCGGCCAAAACAGUAAAACCAGUUUGAGGCAAGACGAAGGUCUCAACUGCAAUACUGACAAUCAUUGAGUUCUGCAGACAGCAGACUGAGAGAGAAGUUCUUUCUUCCUUGCAUCAUGCGGCUGGAAUUCCAAUUCCAUGUGAGCAUUUAUGCCAAGGGAUCGAUUUGGACAACUCACCGUUUUGAUAUCCCUGUCUUCUAAUCACAUGUAGGAAUUUUUUGUAUUAACUAGCAUUAGUUCUGUUGGGUAUAUUUUAAAAACUUGCCAAUGGGAUUUUCACAACGAACAAGACAAGAUGUAUCAGCCCAAUUUUAAACUUGUGUCAAAUGUUAAAUGGAGUCAUCUGUACACUGUUUGUACAGUAAGGCCAUGUCCGCAUCACUUGGCUGCGGCCGGAAAGUACGCACGAGCCUAUGGCAGUGGCCACGACCAGUUCCCAUCAAGUCGUAUGUAAAUUCCGGCCAUGGCCAAGUGAUUCGGACACGGCCUAAGUCUCACCACAGCUUUGUCUGCAACAUUCCAAGGCCCCACCAUGGAGUGAUUUUUGUUACAUUAGGCUGUGUGCAGCAGCAAACUUAAACACAGGGUCAGCCUUCCUGGAUUUGUACGUACAAGUUGAAUUGGAAAUUUGAUGGCUUAACCCAUCAGUUGCCCCUGUGAAUAUGCAUUGGCAAAUUGUAUCAACAAGUACCAGUCCUCCGUAGAACUUUUGCUGAAAAUUGAAGGUUUUAGAUGUCCUUCAGUGUUAACUAGUUAAAAAAAAUUAUUGAAGUAUGUUUUUAAGUGAACCACAAAUGGUAAUUCAAGGAAUGAAUGGAUAUUUUCUGUUGAGUGCAUUUGGGACAACUUUGCUUACUAGACAAGUCCCAACCUGUUAUAAUGAAUUGAAAUCAAGCAUACUAUGACUUCCCAUGAAGAAUUGCCAGUAUGCCAAAUGUUGACAGUCACUUCUUUGGAAAUUUGAUUAAGGAUCACAAGCGAGGUGAUCUGGUGGAGGCUUUUGUUGUAGUUUGCCACUCCAAACCAAUCAUGCAGAGUAAUUUGAAACAUUGAUUUAACAACUGUGCAGCUUAUAUUUUGCAUUUAAAUUAGAUUUAAUUAUUAACUCUUUAUUGAUAAAUUUAUCUCAAUUAUUUUUCCUCAAUUACUGAGUGAAUUUGUUGAAUGCAUCAAUUCAGCUUGAAAAAAACACAAAAAAUGUCAAUGUAUAUUGUGCUUUUAACUCUGGAAUCCUACUUGAAUUGUAGAAUGAAGUACCCUUCCCCCAAUAGAAGUCAAAUGUAAGUCACCAAUUCAUUUGGUGCAUCAGACCUUGGGUUGGGAACAUUCUGUAAUUAGUGUGAUACAAACCACAGCAAAAUCAAAAAUACAACCAAAUCUGGCAAAAAUAAGGACUACCUUGCAUGGGCCUGCCUUGUUCUCUAAUGUUUCAAAAUUUUGAAAAGAAAAAUAAUUCCAUUGGUUUUGUACUGUACGACUUUCAAAUAUGGAUCCUUCCUUUCCUGUAUUGCAGGGGUGUGGUUCUCGCGAUUUUUCCUGGUUCCAGAAUUCGUCAACCACAAAUUCUUGAUUUUUAGGGGUCAUAUGUUGUAACCCCACACACACACACACGUGGUGGAAGAUUCACAUCAGAUCUAUUAAGGAGAGAACCCAUGCUGCGCUAGUUUGUUAAAAAGAAAAGCCCCAAUUUAUUGUCAUUGUUACAACCCUCAGCUGGAUGUUUGGUGGAUUUGUCUUCAUCCCCUUAUCUCAUCCUUGUCUGAUGUGACGAGUAGAAAAGGUCCAUCAUAUUAACAAUGUACAUUCUAUGACAGCCACUAGCUCAAAACAAGGCACGUUAACAGACCUCUCUCCGUGUCAAUUACAAUUUCAAAAACCAUACAUUUUAUUGGUUCAAUCUGAGGUUCUAAUCACAUUUUAAACUGUUUUUUUCAAUUCAUUUGUGUCUUGCAUUCACAAAUUUUAAUAUGAGUUGGCAACACAAAAUGCAUAAACGUGAAUAGAAAUGUGAAAUAUUGGGCAAUCCAAAGGAAUAC